AUCGUUUGGGAGUUGAAAGCGCGAUAUUCUAGUUGGACGUAUGAAAUAGGAGAGACACCUUCUGUCAACUUCGUGUUACCUGGCUGGUCCUGCCUAUAGUCUCCCAUACUUUCACAUCAUAGUAAAUUUCCACAAGAGGAAGGUCGACAUCCAGGAGUCUUCAAACCAACGACAAGGCGGGAGGAACGCUCAUCAUGAUGUAUAGGAUUAGGUAGUCGUAAUUCUACAGACAGAUAUAGCUUUUGCUCAAGAACGUGGGAGAUACCCAAUGAAAAUGGACCAAAGGCUGGAUAUGUCAGGAAAGGUGCCUUUAUUGUUAGCUGUUCUUCUACUGGGGGUUAGCUUAUGUCAAGUCGAAGCUCAACGUGUACGUACCACCAGGUCCUGCGAAAACUCCCGUUAUCGCCUGGGUAUCAUGUGUUAUGGAGGUGGUACGAUGCAGAUCGUCAGCGCCAUGUGGGGAAGAAUGUCUCUUUGGACCUGUCGUACUGGUAAUUACCGAAAAACCGGCUGUAGGGAGACUGUUAAAGCGACUGCAACGGUAAAACGGUUGUGCAACGCUAAGACGACCUGCAGGUUGUCCGCAACAACAGCACUCUUUGGUGAACCUUGUAAGGGUGUUAGCAAAUACAUCGAAAUUAAGUACAAGUGUACACCACCUCCAACACCACCGACCAUUGGACCAGCCACGAAAAGCGCCUGUGACAACCGUACCAAGGCCGACAUCUACUUCCUGGUGGACUCCUCGGGGAGUGUGGGAACCUACAACUAUGUGCAUCUCCUUCGGUUUGUCAACUCCCUCAUCAACAAUCUGGCAAUCGGUAUGCAUCGGGUCCGCGUCGGAUUAAUAAGGUUUAGUUCCCGCGUUCAGCUUCACAUCCCUCUGAACCGUUACUACAACAAGGCGGCACUGAGGCAGGCUGUGCGAUACAUCCCUUACAUCAGCGGUGGCACUGCUACCUCUUCAGUCCUCAAUAACAUGAGAACCGUUGGAUUUACAGGGAGGAAUGGUGCAAGGGCUGGUGUUCCCAAGAUUGGCAUCCUAAUAUCUGACGGAAGUCCUAACAGUAUGACCAGAACACUGCAAGAAGCAGCUCGUUGCAAAGCUGCCGGGAUAGAGAUAUUCUGCGUCGCAGCUCAGGCUCCGCGCCGUGCGAGAGCACAGAUUGCUCAAAUCGCUUCUAAGCCGACGAAAAGCCAUUCUUUCAUUGUUGACAAGUUUCCUCAAAUGACAAUGAAAGCGCCCCCUGUCGCCAAUGUGAUUUGCAAGAAGCUGGCGAAGUCCUUGCCGACGACAACAACCACCACCACAAUAAUUCCAACUACGACAAUAACAACGACAACAACGACGACAAGUAAGUGCCCGGCUAUAUUUGUUAUUCAUAAAAAAUGGAAUUCAUUUUUGCCGUUUUGGGAAGAUGCCGAAGUUUCAUUCAUUACACAUUUUUCAUCCCACAAUCACCGUCAUAAUUUUAAAGCAGAACAAACAGUUGGAACAGUCGCCUCUACCAUCAUGGUGUAUCCUUCCGUUAUCUGAUGGGUGCAGCAUCGCCCAACUCCAAUAACUAAACUAUUCUGACGUGGCGUCCAUUGAAAAUGCCCUUCGAAGAGAAACACACAUCCGAUUGCGCCAUUUUGUUUGUCAGCGUGACCAAUCCGUGGAAUCAACUUUGCUGAAAUAAACCCCCAAGAACGUCCGCAUUUUCGGAAAUUUUCGUCGCGCCGGCCCGGCCACCUGGAAUGGAAACCCAACUAAGGUCAUCAGUGCUGAACCGGUCGUUUCUCUGAACUGACAUCACUCUCCCCUCGACUGGUCACCAAUAACCUACAGAGGACGAGCAGCUCGCCUGUUCUUUCGAGAAAAGGUACUGACCGACGGCUGUGAUCGCUGAAGAGUCUGACCCCAUCAGAUGCAUCCGGGUACUGACCGACGGCUGUGAUCGCUGAAGAGUCUGACCCCAUCAGAUGCAUCCGGGCCAUCUGCCUGCAACCUUUUUUAUGUAAAGUCUGCGGUGGCCUUGCCUUUGAUAUUCGAUUCAGUUGAAGACCGUCGGCUUGUUCAAAAACCGAGGUAGGUUGGCACAUCAAAAGCAAAUACUGUUGCAAGAAUUUCAGAACCGAAGUAGGCACUAGGUAUGGACAUUUUAGGAACAGAAAACUGUCGAAGUUGAACGGGAAGUCAACCAAUGAAACAAUAAAGUCAUCGCAUUUAUGUGG